GUCCAAUUGUCAAUAUGUAUAACCCAGGUCUAAGAAAACGGGAUGUAGUAAAGUCCUAUAGUAACCCCCGAAGAGCUGAUAUUACGUAGACUUACACUAAGUAUAUUUCUUAACCGGUGCUGCCAUGAGGUAGACAAGAAGGUACCUUCCCUAAGGUAAACAACUCUGUUGUUCCGCAUCGAACUCUAACUAAGAUAACUCUGAGAACCAGAGCUGUACAUAUAAAAUAUCUCUCGUGUCUUCUUAUGUCCAACAUCUAAUAGCCGCCUUCCAAUGGCUUUCUUUCUUUGGGAAUAUUAAAACUAAAAGCAUAGUUAAUUCUUCAGGCUUUUCCUCAUCUCAUGAACUUCUCACGUAAGUUCUACCUAAUAUACUCUUCGUAGACUUAAUAAAGCGUAAUACUAAUAAAUUGUGCGGCAGUUUGAGCUGAGCAGGAAUUGAGUUCGAGCACGAUGAAGCCCACAUCACUUCUUCCCGGCCUCCUAAUCUCGUCCGGGCAUUAUGCUACGGCCCAGAAUACCUCGGGCGUUUUUGACUGGACCAGUAUCAAACCGUCCGCGUCACUGCAAUACACCAAGUGUUACGGUGAUUUGAAAUGCGCCAAGCUAGGCGUUCCUAUGGACUGGCUGAGCGACUCGACUCACAACGCGACCGAGGUCUCCAUAGCCGUCGUUGCCCUCCCAGCUACGGUUUCCGAGGACGACCCGUCUUUUGGCGGUACCAUCAUUACCAACCCCGGUGGCCCAGGCGGAUCUGGCGUUGAUUUUCUGGUUCAGUUUGGCGAGCUUAUCCGAGGCGUUGCUGACGGUAACAAGCACUACGAGAUUCUGUCCUUUGACCCUCGUGGUGUUGGGUUCUCGGAACCCAGGGCGGAUUGCUACAACGAUGAGCUCGCUCGGGACGUCACUUUGCUCGAGCUGCGUGGCAUGGGCCCUCUGAGCGGCGGCGACAAUGUUGUCCGACGCCAGGCCUCUCUGCUAAACGCGUAUGGACAGCUUUGCGAGAAUGGGAAGAUCCACAGGUUCAUGUCUACGGCUAGUGUUGCGCGCGACAUGGUUCAAAUCAUAGACAAGAUCGAUGAGCUGCGCAACAGCAACGGAACCUCAGGCUUGAAUUUGCGUGCGAGUAGAGGCCCACGGCGAACCGGGUCGCGUCAGGAGAAAGAUCUUCCGCGUAUCCUCUACUGGGGCUUUUCCUACGGUACCGUCCUUGGGAACUAUUUCGCCUCCAUGUUCCCCGGUCGUGUGGAUCGCAUGAUCCUUGAAGCUGUUGUGGACAUCCACGACUACAACGGAGCCAAAUGGUCUAAGAACCUUCAAGACACUCAGAAGGUCUAUGACCAGUUUUUCAUCAAUUGCUUCGAAGCCGGCUCUCAGUGCGCGAUUUACGAGGAAGGCGACUCCGGUCCCGACGACAUCCGCUCGCGUGUCGACGCUUUCCUUAACCAGCUCGACGAGUCUCCGGCCCAGGUCGUGACGAACAGCAGCAUCGAAGAGAUCACUCGCGCCGACUUCGCCGCCGCCAUCUUCUCGACUCUGUACCAGCCCCAGAAGUACUUCUCCUACAGCGCCACCCUCCUAGCCCUGGGCAUGAAGGGCGAUUUCACCACCUUGUCCGCCUCCCUCGGCACCCCCCAGGCCUCCAAGUACUGCCCAUCGACCACCCCCAAGACCUUCGCCUGGGCGCAGGACGCUCAAGUCGCCGUCGCGUGCGGGGACGCGGAGCCCGCGAACGCCACGACGAUCCCCGAGUUCCAGGCGUACCUGAGCGCGACCCUCGACCAGUCGCCCGAUUUCGGCGCGGCCUGGGCGCCGCUGCGGCUCGCGUGCCGCGGCUGGCGGGUGCGCCCCAGGGACCGGUUCGCGGGGCCCUUUGCGACGCCGGCGGCGGACCCGGCCGGCGCGCCCGGCAGGCCCAGGGCGCCGAUCCUGUUCGUGGCGAGCCGGUACGACCCGGUGACGCCGCGCGCGAACGCGGUCGCCAUGGCGAAGGAGCACGCCGGGUCGCGCGUCCUGCUGCAGGACAGCCCGGGCCACGCCGCGCUGUUCUCCCCGGGCGCGUGUCGCGAGGCGUACGUCAGGGGGUACCUCGAGACGGGCGACUUGCCGCCCGAGGGAACCGUCUGCCAGCCCGAUUGCAAGCCCUUCCGCGAUUGCCCCCAGGCUUCCGGUUGGAAGAAGAAGGAGAGGCGCGGCGUGGGGGGUGGUGGCGGGGUGGCGGAGAAGACGGGUCCGCCGUUGUAUCGUGGGCCGUUGGGUGUGGCUUGGUAGAGGGCACUUAGAUUAGAUAGGUUAGGUAGGUUAGGCACAUAUCUCCUAUUAAUUGAUAUAUUUACCUCGCGGUCGUAUUUAGUUUCCACGGUUUUUGUUUUAUUUUGUAUGCGAUCGAGAAGACGUCUACCCUUCUCUUCACCGUAGUUAAUUAGCAGGGAAGAAAUGUAUUUUGGAUACCUCCUAGGGUAGGGUCGGGUAGGGUAGG